GGGUUGGUAUUUAAACAAAUAACACUCAGGUAGGGUUGGUAUUUAAACAAAUAACACUCAGGUAGGGUUGGUAUUUAAACAAAUAACACUCAGGAAGGGUUGGUAUUUAAACAAAUAACACUCAGGUAGGGUUGGUAUUUAAACAAAUAACACUCAGGUAGGAUUGGUAUUUAAACAAAUAACACUCAGGUAGGGUUGGUAUUUAAACAAAUAACACUCAGGAAGGGUUGGUAUUUAAACAAAUAACACUCUGGUAGGGUUGGUAUUUAAACAAAUAACACUCAGGUAGGGUUGGUAUUUAAAGAAAUAACACUCAGGUAGGGUUGGUAUUUAAACAAAUAACACUCAGGUAGGGUUGGUAUUUAAACAAAUAACACUCAGGUAGGGUUGGUAUUUAAACAAAUAACACUCAGGUAGGGUUGGUAUUUAAACAAAUAACACUCAGGUAGGGUUGGUAUUUAAACAAAUAACACUCAGGUAGGGUUGGUAUUUAAACAAAUAACACUCAGGUAGGGUUGGUAUUUAAACAAAUAACACUCAGGAAGGGUUGGUAUUUAAACAAAUAACACUCAGGUAGGGUUGGUAUUUAAACAAAUAACACUCAGGUAGGGUUGGUAUUUAAAGAAAUAACACUCAGGUAGGGUUGGUAUUUAAACAAAUAACACUCAGGUAGGGUUGGUAUUUAAAGAAAUAACACUCAGGUAGGGUUGGUAUUUAAACAAAUAACACUCAGGUAGGGUUGGUAUUUAAACAAAUAACACUCAGGUAGGGUUGUUAUUUAAACAAAUAACACUCAGGUAGGGUUGGUAUUUAAACAAAUAACACUCAGGUAGGAUGGCUCCGACCAGUAAGAAGGACCCUGAAGUGGAGUCUAAAGAUGAUAUCUGGUCUAACUUACUUAGCUCACUGCAGACUAGGACCACUUCAAGAGGGAAUAAGACGGUGAUCAUGCUGGGCACACCAAAAUCUGGCAAAUCUACACUCGUGUCUAAGAUGAUGGACCCAAAACAUGCAGAACUCAUUGAUAGUAACCCUGGGGUGGAAUUUAGUUACGUUACAGUUCGGGACGAAGAAAAGGAGAAUCUAGGACAGAUCGGGGUCCACUUUACCAGCUACAAGCACUUCCUGCCUUUUGUUCUUACUAAAGAAAGGAUGAAGAACGCCAUGGUAGUUAUAGUGUUGUCUCUAGAUAAACCCUGGAAUCUGGAGGAGGAACUUCUUUAUUGGACCUCCCUGUUAGAGGAACAUAUCAAGAGUUUGCAGAUUGAUGGAGGAGAAAUGGCGAAACUGCGACAUAACGUUGUGGAUUUGUUCAGCUCUUACAAGAGUCCGGAACGAAAGGACGAUAGAGAAGAGGAGAAGAAGAGUAAGGAAGAUGAAGAUGAGGUCAUUCUCCCCAUUCCAGAAGGAGCUCUUAUCUCAAAUCUUGGAAUUCCUGUGAUCGUGGUACUGAGUAAGGUAGACUCAAUGUCCACUCUACAAAAGGAGAACGACUUUUCAGAGGAACAUUUCGAGUACAUACAGUGGUAUUUGAGGAAAGCUUGUCUUGCGUGGGGUGCCGGUCUGCUUUACUGUUCACCGCGAGAGAACAGCAACACUAAACUGCUGCUCGACUAUAUGAGUCACGUGUUCUACGGGUUAAAGCUCAGGACAGAGCCGCAGGUUGUGGACAGGGAUGCUAUUUUCGUACCGAUUGGCUGGGAUUCUCCCUCUAAAAUAGCCCUUCUAAGUGAUGGUUUUGUUCAGUUCACGCAGUCCAAACCGUUCGUAGAACAGAUAGCGGCACUGCCUGAUAUCCGACAAAAACGUGUAAUAAAAGGAGAAGACGACCAACUGUUCCUGACGAGAAUGCAAGCUGUACUGGUAGAGAAGCAGAAGAGUGGCUCUCCCAUGAGCCCCUCCCACCACAAGGUACUAGAGGGGGAAGUUAAGGGAGCUGCUAAAACUCCUCCACCUGCUGAUGGGGUGCUGGCUAACUUCUUCAACUCUCUGCUCACCAAGAAACCAGGAAGUGGUCCUACUUCUCCCAACCACUCUCCCUCUCCUCCCCCGACACAGAACACUCUUGUUCCGCCCAAGAAAGCGCUUGCGCCGCAACUUUCAGCGCCACAGAAGCGCGAGGAACACGAAAAACAAGCGCUAGCUGCGUCUCGCUCUAACCCUGAGUCGGCGGAUGAGGUGAAAACUCCGAUAGAGAAAACUAAAACUACAUCUAAAUUACCAGCUGCUGCUCCCCCGGCAUCUAGAGAGAAGUCUCCCAGUAAGACGCCUGCUAAAACACCUGUAAGGAGGGCUGCUGCUCCUGCAGGCAUGAAGAAACCUACACCUAAACGAGGCCUGCCUCAACCACGGAAAUAGAUACAAUGGGACUUUUUGUAGGGUUACCUAGAUUAACCUGUCGCUGUGCAUGGUUGAAAAUUAUUAUUUGACGUUGGUUUUUAUAUUAAAUUUGUUUGUAUUGAUUUGUAAUAAUUUCCUAUUUUUGGCAUUUUGUAUUUUGUACUCUUCUCUUACUUAAACUUACUGGGUGUUUUUGUUUUUAUACGUGAAAAUAAACUUAUUUGUAUUGGAUGUAAAGUGUAUAUUUAAACCAUAUUUAACUUUUACAUAAAUAUUUCUUAACAAUUUACAUACGUGGAACAUAAGUCACGUGACAUUAGUCACUCCGACUUAUUUAACUAGGCUUGCUUACUUUACGUUUGCAUGAGUUGUGUAUUUAAACUAAUAAUUGUCGCUGAAAGUAAAAACGCUGCUUGAUUUAAGAAUGUAAAUUUAAAAACUAGGGUUUUGUACAAUUGUUUUUUAUUUGUUACUUUAUUUAGACGAACUUUUCUUUUAUUUGUGAACUUUAUAUAUCUUUAAAAUGAUGAACUUUUCUUGUUGUUUCUUGAUUUUGUAUCUUAUUUUUCUGAUAUUGGGAUUUUCUCGUAAUAUUAUGUGUAUCUUAUCUGUGGUUUUUUCUUAUUUGAUGCAAUUUAUUGAA